GAACUCCCAGAGGGAGUGUGUGUGUUUCCUCCAGUUCUUUAUCAGAGCCCCUGAAAUAAGUAGGAAUGGGCAGUGGCUGUUUGCAGUCAGCACACCUUUUCCAUUUGCUAAUCAGGUCCUGCCAGGCUGGAAGGGAGUUGUCCCUGUCUGACACUGGAGCGAGGAGCCACUGCGACAGUCCACAGGCACCAUGAAACUGCUUCAAGUGGCCGUCCUUUGCUUUCUGACCAGCGUUGGCAGCAGUGAAGACAACCAAGUUGUUGGAACUUCAACCAGUCCUGUAUUAAAAUCAUCAACAAUUUCUGCAGCAAAAACAUCUGGACCAACACCAGUUAUAACGACAUCACUAAAUCUUGCUGUGCAAUCAACAGCUGGAACAUCUCCCAAAGGAACGACCAACAAGGAAUCCUUACAAACACCUCUGCCGCCAACACUUGCUUCAUUAACCACGACAGUUAAAGGUGAAGAAGCCACAACCAACAAUGUGACAAAGAAAGAGAAAGAGUUAACUACCAAAAGUGCAACAGUGACAGAUCUUCCACUUCCAAAAGAUGUUUCCACAUUACCAAGUUCCCAAAACAAGACUGAAAAUCAGAGUUUAGUCAAUACAACAGAAAGACCAGUUAGCACUUCACAACCAGAUGCCUCACCUUCUAAAACCAGUAUAUUGUUCUCAAUAUCAACAGCACCUGCAGAAAACAUCACACAAUCUCAAGGCACUGAGAGUGAAAAAAAUAAUGCAAGCCUCUCUUCAACCAACUCUUCUCAUUCCAGUAUUAUUCUGCCAGUGGUUAUUGCUCUAAUUGUAAUAACACUUUCAGUAUUUGCUCUGGUGGGUUUGUAUCGACUGUGCAGGAAGACAGACCCAGGCACAGCAGAAAAUGGGAAUGACCAACCUCAGUCCGAUAAAGAGAGUGUGAAGCUCCUCACUGUGAAGACAAUUUCUCAUGAGUCGGGUGAGCGCCCUGCACAAGGAAAAAACAAAAACUGACAGCUUGAUGAAUCCUGCCCACACCUGGGCAGUAAAUAUGCUUAAUCUUCAGCUUUUGUGCUCCAGGAGAAGAAAGAGAGAAAGACCUGUGGAAUUAAUCCUGACUUCCAAUCCUGCUUGCCAAUCUACAUCAGUCACCUGUCCC